AUGCGUCGCUCUCUGCUGCUUGCCUGCUCCGCCGCCAAGGGUGGAAGCUGGGCAUCCAUGUCCGAUGCAGAGAUCAUGAAGCAGGUGGAGAAUAAGAAGAUUGCAUUUUACGGCCUUGAGCAGGCGCUUGCCCCCGACUAUGACCGCGCCAUCGCCAUUCGUCGUGAAAUUGUGAAGAAAAAGAUGUGUCCAUCCUCUGCUGCCACACAUCCGCUGGAGAGGGUUCCCUACAAGAACUACGACUGGAGCAGUGUUGUGGGCCAGAGCUGCGAGAACAUCCUCGGCUACGUUCCGGUACCGGUAGGGCUGGCUGGUCCGCUGCUGUUGGAUGGAGAGGAGGUGGCACUGCCGAUGGCGACGACGGAGGGUGCGUUGGUCGCGAGUGCGCACCGAGGGGCUCGCGCCAUCAACCUGAGCGGUGGAUGCCGGACAGCGGUGCUGAAGGAAGGCAUGACGCGCGCGCCUGUAGUGGAGGUGAACUCCUUCGACGAGGCCAUCGCCGUGAUCAAGUUCUGUGAGGAGCGGUUCAACGUUCUGAAGGAGGCCUUCGAGUCGACGACCCGCUUCGGGAAGUUGCUGAGCAUCAAGUGUGCCAUGGCGGGUCGCCAGGUGCAUAUGCGGUUCUCUGCCUUUACUGGAGAUGCGAUGGGCAUGAACAUGAUCACGAAGGGCUGCGACAAGGCGCUGCAGGUUCUGCAGGAGCACAUUCCUUCUGUGCGAGUGCUGACCUUGUCGGGCAACUUCUGCACUGACAAGAAGCCGUCUGCACUGAACUGGGUGGAAGGACGCGGGAAGUCGGUCGUGGCGGAGGCCGUCAUCAAGCGAGAUGUGGUCGAGGGUGUUCUCAAGUGCACGGUGGACAGUGUUGUGUCGCUGAAUGUGACUAAGAACCUGCGCGGUUCUGCGCUUGCCGGUUCCAUCGGCGGCUUCAACGCACACGCUGCUAACAUCGUGGCCGCGCUCUACAUCGCCACUGGUCAGGACCCCGCACAGGUAGUGGAGUCCGCAACCUGCAUGACGACGGUUGACAAGGCUGGUGAUGAUCUCGUGAUCAGCCUCACGAUGCCGAGCAUCGAGGUCGGCGCCGUAGGCGGUGGUACAGGUCUGUCGUCGCAGCGCGCUAUGCUGGAGCUGAUGGGGUGCGCUGGCUCUAACAAGGAGGACCCAGGUGCCAACUCCCGCCAAAUCGCACGCGUCGUUGCUGGCGCAGUCGUUUGCGGGGAGCUGUCACUCUUGUCCGGCCUUGCAGCUGGGCACUUGCUGAGCGCACACAUGAAGCUGAACCGCAAGCCCCCGACUCAAUAA